GAAAGGGUGAUAUCGAAACGACAGAUGUUGCUGACGAUGAGAUUUCGACAAUAGGAGAUAAUAAAUAAGCAAUUAUGUCGAAUAAUAAUCUCGGUGAAGGGAAAUCUUUUACGCUGAUCCAAGAUGUAAAAGUAACGAACGAGAAGUACGACAAGAACAAUGCGGUCGCCCCGCACAAAAGCAACGAGGAAAUGGUCAAAAAGUCGAGCAAAGCGACUCAGAUCGAUCUUAUCCAAUUUUCUUACGGUACGCAGAGAAUCAGGCCACCUUCUUUGGGUUAUUUGCCGAAACAGAUGCACACCAGCGAAUCCAGUUAUCCAAGCUAUAAUUCGAAGAGUUCGUCUCAGAGCGAGUUAGUUCUAUCGCCAAGAAACAAGAACAAUCGUUAUGUAGCUUUAGAUAUGAGAUCGAUGAGCAGUCUUCCAUUUUCAAAUAGCCAUACCUCGAUAAAUAACAUGCCGUACACAUGUUGUUGUACGUGCGCGGGAUCACCAGGAUCACCAACACCCUCCUCCAGACAAAUGGAGGAACAAGAUGGUCCUGAAGGUCUUUCGUGGAGGAGAUUACACAUGAGCAGAGCUAAAUUAAAAGCUACUGCAACAACAUCGGAAUUAUUAAGCGGUUUCGCUAUGAUAGCUAUGGUUGAACUGCAAAUAAAUGAGCCAACCGCGGUGCCCGAAUGGCUGUUUGUGAUGUUCGCUGUUUGCACAACCGUCCUAGUAUCAGUACACAUCUUUGCUUUAAUGAUAAGCACGUAUUUAUUGCCGAAUAUCGAGGCCGUCAGUAAACUUCACGUGUCUCGCCUCGUUUCGGAAUCGCCUCAUGAAAGAAUGCGCGGCUUCAUCGAGCUGGCUUGGGCAUUUUCCACGGUAUUAGGAUUAUUUUUGUUCCUAGUGGAGGUAGCUAUACUGUGCUGGGUGAAAUUCUGGGAUUAUUCGUUUACCGCCGCCACUGCCAGUACUAUCAUAGUCAUUCCAGUCCUUAUAGUGUUCAUCGCGUUCGCCGUUCACUUCUAUCAUUCGUUAGUGGUAUAUAAAUGCGAAUCAACGGUGACUGAUAUGAACGAGUUGGAAAAUAUCAAGAGAAAUUUAGAUAAUGUAGCGAUGGGACAGAGCAGCGUAUGAUAAAAGAUGUCGAUUUUCAAAUCAAUUUCCAAGUCGAUUGGUUGUGUCCUUGUCUUCUUAAAAUACAUCCCAGAGACUGCGUAUUAUUUAUCCGUGUUUUACUGGAAAGUAUUGUAAUCAUACUCAAUAACGUAUACGCUAUACAGUACACACGUUAAUAACGAUGAAAGAAGAACACAUGUAAGUUUAUUCAAUAACUUUACUUAUUCAAUACGAUCACGCGAAAGCGACCGUAUUUUUAUUAUAUAUAAAAAUGUACAUAGCUGUACACAUGCAAGUCGAGAAUUGCAACAGUACAAGCAAAGUGCUCUUAUAAGUAUAUCAGCUAUAUUAUUUAGCAUUUAAUUAUAUCCUAUUUAUGACUUAA